AAUUUAUUAUCCUCCACAAGGUUUAAGUUUCGUGGCUGGCCGCUUUCCCUCGAAAAGUCUCGCAAACGGAUCUCUUUGGAAACGCAAAGAAAAGCCCGACAUCUCCCCAGUUCCCACGCACAACUCAGCGGUCCCCACUUCAUCUUGCCAACUCACACCAUCACAACCGCCCAAAUGCGCUCAACAACCGCCCUCGUCCUCGUCCUCGCCCCUCUCGCCGCCGCCCAAGGCGCAUGGAACCGCCGCGUCUACUUCACCGACACCGUCUGCACCGGCACCAUCGGCUACCAAGAACACGUCUUCACCCCCAACGCACCCUGCGCCGGCCCCACCCAGCCCCUCACCGCCGCCUGCGAGAUCAAAUCCACCGACGCCCGCGUCAAAUCCGCCGAGGCCACGCAGUGCGAGAGCGUAUCUGUAAACAAGGAUGUGUCGGAGUUGCCGUUUUUCCCGGCGGCCGAAGUUGGGGUGGGGAUUGCCGGGGCGAACUAUUUGACGUUGAAUGUGUAUUCGGCGGCGCAGGUCGCGGGUGCGUGUCCCGUGGUGACGGGUGGGAAUGUGCAGAUCACGCAGAUUACGGCGGCGGCUGAUGGGGCGUGCCAUGUUAUGGAGCCCGGUAUGUACUUCAAAGCAAGCUGCACGGCAGACGGCGGCGUGUUGGAGUUCUGCAACGACGCUCAGUGCACCACAUGCCCGACCACGAAACGCACAGCCGUCAAAGCCGAUUGCUCUGGAGACAUGUAUCAGGGCCAGCCCACCAAGGCGAUUUGCACUCUGCCGGGUGCCGUCGUUGCCGGUGGUAACGCUACCACGAGUGCAACAUCAUCCGCAGCUGCCUCUGCAACGGGUUCGGCGACGGCCGCUGCUCCUUCGGCUACGAGCGCACCUGGGAACUCUACCGGGACCGCGAAGAACAGUGGGGCUGUGAAUGUUGCUGGCGUUGUGUUCCCUGCUCUUGCCGCUGCUGGUGCCGCGGUGUUCGGUAUCUGAUCUUGUCUGAUUGAGGAGGCUCCAAUGGACGUAUAGUACUUUCUCGGCGUAUGGACCUUACUGUAGCUGUACUUUCUCUCUUCAUCCGUUUCAGCAAGGGCAUGUAAUUUACAUCGGACACUUUCUCAAUUUUGGGC